CCCCGUUUGCGAUAGACCGCCACUAAAUGUCUAGAUCCCUAAUUCCCCUCUGCUUCCGAGCUCCGACCACUCCCUGACUCCACUCCGGCGCCGCCGCGCGGUCGCGCCCACCUUGCCGGCAAGCUCCUCCACCUGCAGCGACCGCCGAUGCUUCAUCUCCCCGACCCCCUCCUCGCGCCCAGCACUGCCUGCUCCAGCGCGGCAGCGCCUGGCUCUUCCACGCCGGCGUCGACACGAGACGUAUGCGUGUGUGUGGAUUUCGCUGGGGGAGGCGGCCGGUGGCCCGAACACUGUAACUCCGGGGCUUGAUGUGUUAGAUGUGUUGGGCAAAAAAUAAAACAAAAUUGGACCGUGCUACCCUCCGUUUGGUUGUUGGGUCCGUGGCCACUGGCUACAGACCUAGACAAGCGCCAUCGCUAGCUGUAGGCUCAUUCCCCUUCCAGGAGCGUUGACCAUCACAUAUAGUUCCACAGAGCAGCAAUUUUCCCAGGCAUGGAUAAGAUGCUUCGCAAGCUCGGCUGGUCUGCUGCCAGACGACGCCAACAAGGAGAAAGUAGUAGAGGGAAUAACACGCACACGGUGUCGCCAAGGCCUCUUACAUUCCAUUUAUUAGAAGAAAUUACAAAUGGUUUUUCUGAGAACCGAAAACUUGGUACUGGUGCAUAUGGAACUGUUUACAAGGGGGAGCAUAAAGACGGGGAAAAGAUUGCUGUGAAGAUGCUUCAUGACAUUCUAGGACUUGACAAUGAGCAAUUUGAAAAAGAAUAUUUCAACCUUGCAGAUCUGGACCACAAAAAUAUUGUGCGAUUAGUUGGUUAUUGCUAUGAAACUCGGCGAGAAUGUGUACCUUACGAUGGAAGAAUGGUUUUUGCUGACAUAACAAAGAGAGCACUUUGCUUUGAGUAUAUGCGUAAUGGAGGUCUUGACAAAUGUCUUUCAGAUGAAACUAGUGGACAUGAUUGGUGCACACGCUAUUCAAUAAUUAAGGGGAUUUGCGAGGGUCUGAAAUACCUGCAUGAGGAACUGGAAUAUCCUAUGUACCAUUUAGAUUUAAAACCGGCCAAUAUAUUACUGGAUGAGAAACUUAUGCCGAAAAUCGCAGAUUUCGGCUUGUCAAGGUUCUUUAGAGGAGAGCAAUCGCAAAUCACAAAAAGUGCUAUAGGAACACAUGGAUACGUACCACCCGAAUACAUAGAUGCAUCUGUUCUCUCAAUUAAGUUUGACAUAUUCAGCUUGGGUGUUGUAAUUAUAAAGAUAAUGACUGGACCAAUGGGCUACUUCAGAAGUGCUGAAAUGUCUACCAAACAAUUCAUAGAGCUUGUACGGACAAACUGGAGGAAGAGGCUACGUGCAGCAUCAGUGUAUCCGCUGGAGUCAUACUCUGAACAAGUAAAGAGGUGCACUGAAAUAGCUGUAAGUUGUGUGGAGGCUGAUCGAUCCAAAAGGCCGUCUAUAGGGGAAAUUGUGAAUAAGCUGAAUGAAACAGAGACAAUCAUUCGAAAUGAGGUAUUAGAACCAGGUGCAUUCAUAGGAAGAGCCAACAUUGCUGGUCUGGAAAAGGCUGUUGCGGUGUUAGAUACCCUUGGCAGUGGCAGGGCAAGUUCGAAUCAUCGCAGCGGGUUUCUCUAUGGGGGAAAAAAUCAAGGAAAUAAAGUCAAUGUUUUGGCAUUUGAAGUCGGAAAUACAAUAGCUAAAGCUUCCAGUUUGUGGAGAUCAUGCUCUGACGAGAGUAUAAAAGAACUGAAGGAAGAAAUCUUGCAUUCAGACGGUGUGCAAAUAUUAAUUUCCUCAAAUUCUAGUGAGCUCCUGCAUAUUGCUACUAUCGACAAGAGGGAAGACCUUGCCAUCUUUUUGAGAGAAGUAAUUCGAUUUGGUGACCUGUGUACAAACCCGAUAUGGCAUAACCUGGGACGCUAUUUUGAGAAGUCAACGAAAGAUUACAUGCCCCAGGAUCAUUCAAAAGAGCAUAUUGGAGCUACUUUCCAGCAGCUGAUUAGUUUGGCUCAAAACACUUCUGAGCUUUACCAUGAAUUGUAUGCUCUGGAUAGAUUGGAGCAGGAAUUUCAAAGGAAAUUUCAUGAGGAGGAGUCUGUACCAGCAGCUAGACGAGAGAGUGUUAUGAUUCUUCACAGUGAACUAAAGCGCCAAAGGAAGCUUGUGAAAACUUUGAAGAAGAAAUCCUUGUGGUCCAAACCUUUGGAAGAUAUUGUCGAAAAGCUUGUUGAUAUCGUCAUUUUUCUGGAUAAACAAAUCCGGGAUGCAUUUGGUGAAGCUGUUCCUGUAGGUACUGGCUUCACCGAGCAAGUUCAGAACAAAAAGCUAGGUCCCUGUUGUCUGGCACUGCAUUACGCUAAAAUUAUCAAUCAAAUUGAAAGUAUAGUCUCUCAGCCACUCUCUCCUAGGGCUAGGGAGAACUUGUACCAUGGACUACCAAUAACAGUGAAGUCAGCUCUGCGGUCACGGUUGCAAUCAGUUAAUACUGAAGAGGAGCGUACUGUAUCUCAAAUCAAGGCUGAAAUGCAGAAAACCCUUUGCUGGAUUCUGCCAAUAGCAGAAAAUACAACAAGAGCACACCAAGGAUUUGGAUGGGUCAGCGAAUGGGCACACUCUGGGAUUCAUAUGGAUGAGAAAUUAGGUUCCCGGCACAGCGUGACUGGCGUCCAGACGCUUUAUCACGCCGACAAGGCGAAGACGGAGGAGCACAUCCUCGAGCUUGUGGUGCUGCUCCAUCAUCUCAUGGUCCAGGUGAAGAGCCGAGGCUAUGUGCAAAACAUGCCUACAAAGCAGGACCAGUCUCCAUCUCGUAAGUUAUCAUCAGAACCGCAAGCUGAUACCAAGCACUGCAUGUCUGACACAUCUCCGAUGAACAACUGUGAGAUCUGCCCAAGCCUGGUGUCGGACAGCGAGCGCCAUAUGCUGGACCCCCUAAGCUUGAGGAGAUGUGAGCCUCAGCCUGGCAGGGGGGACAAGGCGCACCGGAGCCAUGGCAGCUCGCCGGCCAGGGAGUUCGUUCGUAGUCGUAGCUCGGCCUCGGACCGUGAGCUGGUGAAACAUCUGGAUGUAAUAGAUGGUCUAGCAGACUGACCAUCGUUUUGGUAGAGUGAAGACAUUUGGUUGCAAGCACAGAGUAGCUAUUUGUUGGCUUUUGGCUCCACCGUCUGGCUCGUCGAUCAGAUCAAACUCGGAAUUUUUCAAGUAUUUUUUCUUUUGACUUCACUGUUCACUGAGAUCAGAUGAGCUCGGGAGCCGAAAUGGAUAGUCAAUUAUACUGGCAGUAUAUAACAAUGUUACAGCUGGGUGGGUGAUUUGAGUGGAAAUACAGCAGGAUCACAAGUGA